CCUCUGUCUAUCCAGUCUGUGGUAGAGGAUGACAGCAGCGGGGUCCACUGGAGCGGUCAACGCCGUCUGCACCCAAGACUCCUCCCACUCACCUAAAACAACCUGCCCACAAACCACAUGGCCCUGCCCACUCUGCUUCUCACAGCAACAGAAGGAUGAGCUCGAAGUCAGACUCCGCCUCCGCUCCCCUCCUGGGGCAUGGCUACUAGCGGGCGUUGUCGUGGUGAUGGUGGGAAUGUUUGUGGCCGUGGCCGGGUACGCUAACUCCACUCCUAACCCUGUGGGUGGGCGAGGCAGCUCCCACAGCGAGCGAAUGAAACUGCUCGGCCCUGUCGUGAUGGGCAUCGGCCUGUUCAUCUUCAUCUGUGCUGGAACCCUGCUGUACGAGAACCGGGACCGCGAGAACCGAGAGCGUGAGAACCUUGAGAACCCUGAGGAGCAGGGGAAACGCAAACAGAAGAAAACAAGGGAACGGCGCUGGGAGAACCGUGAUUAUGAGGAUGUGGAACAGGGGAACCAGAGAGAGCCCUCAGACAGACACUCCCCUCUCCCUGAGGAGUGCCUGCCCCCCCUGCCUCCCAGAGUGCCUAGACAGGAGGGGUCAGAGUUGAACGUUCUCUCUGUGGGAGCGCUGAGCUCACUGCUGCCUGGGGGGGACAGGGGCGUGAAGAGAGAAUCAGAGAGGUGGGGGGUAAAGGGGGCUCAACCCUGCUAACCAGAGUCCUGCACCACCAGGACCCCCCCUCCUCCUGUCCCUCCCCAGCUCCCUCCUCUGUGUACUCUGACUCCUGUAACUCCAGUGAGAUCAACUAUAACGUUCAGACAGGCUCCCCUAUCCACUCUAUUCACCAACUCUGAGAUUCUACUCUUCUCACAUCUGUACAUGCUUUCUAAAGAAAUGCACCACAUAUUUCUCCAUCUCUUUCUGUGGUUUCUAUAGGCUGUAGAUGCAGUGGAGUGUGUUGGGCAUCUCUCUCUACCUAUCUAGGAUGGGCAGAGCCAGGGGGAGACAGGGCUAGGUGACGUCAGCUUGUUGUUGUGUAGUAAAGUCUCUCUCAGGGGUGUUUGACUGUAUUUGGGCUUGAGGGAGGAUUCCACUGCAGACAGUAACUGUGGUGCCAUCCUGAAUGAUGCGCGUACACACAGUAAAUACGGCCAGACAUUCCGCUGUGGAACAGGCUGCUUUGGAGAACUUUGAUUCAUGAUGUCGUUUUAACUGUAACUCAGUUUGAUCUGAUAUUAGUGACUCUGUUUGUCAUGGCUGUUCUCCUAUAGGGGUUCUGUUUACACACACCCAAACUUGGCUCAAGAGAUGGACAGAAAUCAUAGCAAUGAAAAGAAAGUUAAUGCCUUCUCAUAGUUGGCUGUUGGCUGUCCACAUGCUUACUCUUUACUUGAGUUAGAUGUUACUACCCACCGGCCAAUAACUGGUAGAAUCCACGUUGUUCCACUUCAUUUCAACAAAACAUUUGCAAAAAGUCAUCAACGUAAGGCAAUUGCGUCCUUUUCACACCCAACUUUGAACCUAAAUCCAAUGUCAUUGUGAAUUUGUUUGGUUGAUUUCACGUUGAAUUCACGUUAGCUGACAACUCAACCAAAUGUGCCCAGUGGGUAGUCUGUUUGCAGUGCAUAUAUGAAGUAUAUCUUUGCAGCAUGUAUGCAGCAAACCUUUGGUCUUUAAGGUACACAAAACCAUUAGGAUGUUAGACUGGGUUUAAUUGAAUAGAGCCCACAGAUGCAGUAAAAGGGGGGAGGAGAGAGAGAGAUGAAGGGGGGAUUUUAAUUGUCCUGAGUGUUCUCCUCCAGCCUCCAAUUACACUGUGGAACCGACCAAGGGUUUUCUAUUGGUAUUUCAGGACUGCAGAGUAUUUCCUCUGUUGUUCAGACACAUGCUGGGAUAAUGCCAUUGAGAUUAGUGAGGAACGCCAAGACUGCCUUGCCCUGCACGGCCAGACACAUCUACACAACACAAGCACAACACACACACACACACAACCGCAUGCAUGCUUUCACACAUGCUGAACCUCACACACCUCGUAGUGCUUUUGAACCCAUUAACCCCGGUUCACCACCAGUGACACUACCAGGGAUAAACCAGUACUUGGUUUCUCGCUUCUGACUAUGCUAAUACUGGGAAGUGUGUGUUUUUGUGAGUUUAUGCAGCAGCUGAAUUAUGUGGUCAGUCAAAGUUUGCUGGACUGUAAUCCUGAACAUCAGAUUAAAUUCACAUGUAAUCCCUGCCUGACCCUAACACAUACUCUCACAAUGCUCCACCUAUGGCCUCCCAUAACACACACACACACACACACACAAACGGGCGCACACGCACACACCCUCUCUGUCCCACACGGAGAUAACCUGUGCAUUGUAUUUCUGCUCUUGCUGUUGCCUAGGUUUGUUAAACUGUCUCAGUCUGUCUCUGUGUUACGCAAUCCCACAAACAGGACAGUUGUUUUAGUCUCCCUCUAAUGUCAGUCAUACAUUUUAUUAGAGUUUAUGCAGGAUCAGUACUGUAGCCCCCCCCCCCUGGUGGGACUGGGAGCACUGUCUCUAAGCUGCUUAACUCCUCGCUGAGUCAGACACGUGUGUUUUACCGAGGAGGGAGACCCUACUGGGGUUACAGGACCAGAGACAGAGGGCUGAAUCCUAACAUCAAUCCUAACAUGCAAAUCACAACUUUGUGCAAAUAUCCCAUUGAUCAGUAGAUAGUCAGGAUCUCAAGUUAGUGUUUCAACCUGGCACCGCAACAACACCUGGGACAUCUGUGACCCACAGCAACAACACCUGGGACAUCUGUGACCCACAGCAACAACACCUGGGACUCACAGCAACAACACCUGGGACACCUGGGACCCACAGCAACAACACCUGGGACUCACAACAACAACACCUGGGACACCUGGGACCCACAGCAACAACACCUGGGACACCUGGGACCCACAGCAACAACACCUGGGACACCUGGGACCCACAGCAACAACACCUGGGACACCUGGGACCCACAGCAACAACACCUGGGACUCAGAGCAACAACACCUGGGACACCUGGGACUCACAGCAACAACACCUGCGACACCUGGGACCCACAGCAUCAACACCUUCACAUAAAAUGAGGAUGAUCAGGAGGAGCAACGGGAGGAGGGGCCUCUGCAGUGUUUCCGCUGUGACCUGGGCUUCUGGGAUGCCUGCUACACCACCAAAACCAACUGCAACACCGGGGAGAAGUGCUACACUGGCCGAGGGAAGGCAGGUGAUGUGUUGGACGUUAAGUUGCUGGGCUGUGUCAAGGCGAAGGAGUGUGAGCUGGUGACCAAUGUGGAGAUCUUCUCCAACACAACCAUCUACAUGAUGACCAGGCACUGCUGCGACACACACUUCUGCAACACCGGACACACACUACCCCUCAACACACUCCUAUCCCUGUCACUGCCUACAAUAACCAUCAUCCACCUCUCCUCUCCCUGGCAGUGACUACAAUAACCAUGAGCCUCACCUUCAACAGACUACAAUAACCACCAUGCAUCAUAAAGUCCCCAGCAGCACACAUUUAUUACAUUUUCUUAAUUCUGUUAAUAUUCUGUGUUUAUUUGUCAAGGAAUAUGGACAGUAAUUAAAAUGUGGAUGUGCCAGAUUAAGGCAAAAGUCUCAUGUUCAACCCUUAGAAGCUGUCUCUGGGCUUGGGCAAAAUUGUUUAGAUGGUUUUAUGGAAUUCAAUUUUGAAUAGUAAUUUUCUAGUAAUAGAAUAGUAAUUUUCUCAUUCUGUUGUUGGCAUAAACUAGAAAAGGAGACUGGAUUUGAUUUUCUAUCAUAUUUAUUGAACAUUCUGAAUUGUAACUGUGAAUAACGUAAUACGAAUUGACAUUGUCCUCAAUCUUGGUUGGGAUAUUUUAAACACGUCAAAAUUACUUUUAUGUUCUCCUCCAAACCGAAAUAUUUCCAA